UGAACCAUCUGCUGCUGUGUAGUCUCCACUCUCCGGAAGAGGAUCCCCAUCCAUUCACCUCCUCCCCUUUGGCAGAUCUGUGGGCCGUGCGCCUGCGCUGCGCUCUCCUCCCCCAUCAUCUCCAGCUGCUCCUGCCGCCGCCGUGCGCCCAUCUCUCGUCUCCCCGAGCAGCAGGGCCACCUUGCACCGUGUGUGGGGCGCCGGGCAGGGGGAGGGUGGGGGGACAGGAGCAAAGAGGAGCCUAAAGGAGAAAGGGGUGGCCACCCAGUUGGAAUGUCCCUGCAGCCAGGAGAGCAGAGCUUGAGGAUAGACUUGCCAUUGAUCAUCUCUUGUUUGUCCCCUUAUUAUGGUUACCCGCCCUGCUGCUGUAUUUAGCACAGCCCCCCAUCCUGCCCCGGGCACCCUCUCAUCUCCAACGUGUGAUUGAUGCUGGAGCCCACUGCCUGACGUCCAGUAUUGUGUCUUCUUCAUCCACCAACAUGUCUGCUCCACUAGGGCCCAGGGGCGGCCCUCUGACUUCUGCACAGCCACAGGCUCCCAUGUCAGACAUACCGGACCUCAGUCACCUGACCGAGGAGGAGAGGAAAAUCAUUCUGGCUGUCAUGGAGAGGCAGAAGAAAGAAGAGGAGAAGGAGCAGUCAGUGUUAAAGGUCAAAGAAGAACAAAAAGUCCAGCCGGCACAGUGGUUUCCCUUUAGUGGGAUCACUGAGCUGGUUAAUAACGUUCUUCAGCCACAGCCCAAAGAGCAAAAUGAAAAGGAGCCGGAGAUAAAAUUGCACCAGCAGUUUGAAAUGUACAAGGAGCAAGUGAAGAAGAUGGGCGAUGAAGCACAGCAGCAGCAGGAGCAGAAGGGCGAAGCUCCAACCUGUGGAAUCUGCCACAAAACAAAGUUUGCCGAUGGCUGUGGCCACAACUGUUCGUAUUGCCAAACUAAAUUCUGCGCACGGUGCGGAGGGCGAGUGUCUCUGCGCUCAAACAAGGAGGACAAAGUGGUAAUGUGGGUAUGUAAUUUGUGCCGAAAACAACAAGAAAUCCUCACCAAAUCAGGGGCCUGGUUUUACAGCAGUGGGUCAAGCACACCCCAAAAGCCUGGCGAAGAGCACCAAACCGGGUACCAAACGGAAGAAGCACCUCAGGAGAAAAAAGCUAAGUUACAAGAGCAGUCCCAAUACCAGGGACCCUCAGGGGACUUAAUAACACCAGCCUCGGACAAAAACCGACCGCAAGGGAUCGUCCGGCAAGAUUCCAUCAAAAAUGGUUCUGAAGUGAAGCACCCGAAUCCUGGCGACCUCUCCUCUGAAAGGAAAAGAAGCCCUUCAAUACCUAGAGACCAGAAUCUGAGAUAUGAUACAAGGGACGAUAUAGGUGAACAUUCACAGCAUGCUACAUCAGACAACGCCAUGCCUAGAUCACCAUCAGACUACUCGGACAGACGAUUGCAACGAGAGUCUCAGCUCUAUGAUGAGCCUGAGCACGGUGACUACAGGAGAAGUAGGCGGCGCUCCAAUGAGUAUUCGGUAGAUGAGGAGGAUAUCCAAGACAGGGAGGAAUAUGAAAGGCAGAGAAGAGAGGAGGAGUACCAGACAAGGUACCGGAGUGACCCCAACUUGGCCAGGUAUCCUGUUAAACCGCAACCAUAUGAAGAGCAAAUGCGCAUUCAUGCAGAGGUUUCAAGGGCUCGACAACGAAGGCACAGUGAUGUGUCUUUGGCUCAGACAGAAUUUGAGGAGUCUCGGAUGUCAACAUUGAGGAUGGAUCGACCUUCAAGGCAGAGAUCUGCGUCAGAGCGUAGAGCAGCAAUGGAAAGCCAGCGUUCUUAUUCAAUAGAAAGAACUAGAGAUGUUCAAGGGCCUGGUCCUGGUCGGCAAAGGACCUCAAAUCAUAGUCCCCCAACGCCAAGAAGGAGUCCUAUUCCCAAUGAUAGGCCAGAUAUGAGGCACAGUGAUUCUUUACGGAAACAGCACCACUUGGACCCGAGCUCCGCCGUAAGGAAAACCAAAAGGGAAAAAAUGGAAACUAUGUUACGGAAUGAUUCACUUAGCUCGGAUCAGUCUGAAUCUGUCCGGCCCCCACCACCAAAGCCUCAUAAAACAAAAAAGGGAGGUAAAAUGCGUCAGGUUUCCUUGAGCAGUUCAGAAGAAGAGUUGGCUUCUACCCCGGAGUACACGAGCUGUGAUGAUGUGGAGAUUGAGAGCGAAAGUGUUAGUGAGAAAGGGGACAGUCAAAGGGGAAAAAGAAAAACUAGUGAGCAGGCAGUUUUGUCGGCCUCUAACAUCUUGUCUGAAAGACAAAAGAAAAUGGUGUGCUUUGGAGGCCACUCUUUGGAAGAGGAUUUGGAAUGGUCUGAGCCUCAGAUUAAAGACUCUGGGGUAGACACCUGUAGUAGCACCACCCUUAACGAAGAGCAUAGUCAUAGCGAGAAGCACCCUGUCACGUGGCAACCUUCCAAAGAUGGAGAGCGAUUAAUUGGUCGCAUAUUAUUAAACAAGCGGCUAAAAGAUGGGAGUGUUCCUCGAGAUUCUGGAGCCAUGCUGGGGCUGAAGGUCGUUGGAGGGAAAAUGACAGAAUCAGGUCGACUUUGUGCUUUUAUCACCAAAGUGAAGAAGGGAAGCCUGGCAGAUACAGUAGGACAUCUUCGACCGGGAGAUGAGGUUUUAGAAUGGAGUGGGCGAAUUUUGCAAGGGGCAACGUUUGAAGAAGUUUACAAUAUUAUACUGGAGUCCAAACCCGAGGCACAAGUAGAAUUAUUGGUCUCCAGACCCAUAGGAGAUAUCCCCAGGAUUCCUGAUAGCACACAUGCACAACUGGAAUCCAGUUCUAGCUCAUUUGAAUCCCAGAAAAUGGAUCGCCCUUCUAUUUCUGUUACUUCCCCCAUGAGUCCUGGAAUGUUACGGGAUGUCCCCCAGUUUCUUUCCGGACACAUUUCAAGCCAAAGCCUUAAUAGAAGAACAGCGCCUUUUGUUCCUAGGGUUCAGAUUAAACUCUGGUAUGACAAGGUUGGCCACCAAUUAAUUGUCACUAUAUUAGGAGCAAAAGACCUGCCAUCGCGGGAAGAUGGGAGACCGAGAAAUCCUUAUGUUAAAAUUUACUUUCUUCCAGAUCGAAGUGAUAAGAACAAACGGAGAACAAAGACUGUGAAGAAAACCUUAGAGCCCAAAUGGAACCAAACAUUCAUGUAUUCUCCGGUUCAUCGGAGGGAAUUUCGUGAAAGAAUGUUGGAAGUAACACUUUGGGAUCAAGCACGGGUUCGAGAAGAAGAGAGUGAAUUUUUAGGAGAGAUUCUAAUUGAAUUAGAAACUGCACUAUUAGAUGAUGAGCCACAUUGGUACAAGUUACAGACGCACGAUGUGUCUUCAUUGCCACUUCCACACCCAUCCCCGUUCAUGCAAAGGAGGCAGCUGCAUGGCGAGAGCCCAACCCGGAGGUUGCAAAAUAAAGGCUCAUAUUCAUAUAAUUCAGGAUCCAAGAGGAUAAGCGACAGCGAAGUGUCUGACUAUGACUGUGAUGAUGGCGUUGGGGUUGUGUCAGAUUUUCGGCAUAAUGGGCGUGACCUACAGAGUUCAACGUUAUCUGUUCCAGAACAAGUAAUGUCAUCCAAUCACUGUUCCCGGACUGGGUCCCCGCAUGUAGACAGUAUAGGAAGAACGAGGUCGUGGUCUACCAGUGUUCCUCCUCCGCAAAGGAAUUUGGAACAGGGACCGAGAGGGACAAGGUCUGGCCCUGCACAAUACAAUACCAUGGGCAGAGUGGAAAGGCAUCGAGUAUUAGAAAACCACUACUCCCCAGACAGAGACAGUCAUUAUCUCACUCUACCUCGCACCAGAUUCAGUCAGUCCUUUGACCAUCACCUAGCAGAGCCAAGCAAGGAUCACCCUAUUUAUCCUAUCUUUUGUGAAGAUGCAAUACGCUUGCUGCGCUCCCGUAAGAUGUGCCGCACUUAUUCCGAGGGUGCAUACAAUGAUCAUGAGAGGAGAACUAGACAGGAGAGACGAGUGCCUAAUAUUCAUUGUGAUGAAACUACCCCUUCUCCUGAAAGGUUAUACAAUGGUGCCAGCUCCUGGGCAGACCAUGUAGUCAAUGGCUCAGCAGAACCACAGGGGAAUUGUGAAGCGGCAGAUAGACAGCCAUAUCAAAGAUCCAGGUCAACCGAACAACGGCCUGUGCUGGAGCGGACCAGCUCCCGCUCCCGAUCUACUGAGCGUCCUGACUCAAACCUCAUGAGGUCGAUGCCUUCAUUAAUGACGGGAAGAUCUGCCCCUCCUUCACCCGCCUUAUCGAGGGCACACCCCCCUCGUACCGGCUCGGUUCAGACAAGUCCUUCAGGCACCCCAUUAGCAGGGAGGAGGGGACGCCAACUCCCACAGCUUCCCCCAAAGGGCACGUUAGAAAGAAAAAAUGGAGACAAGGAAAUAGAGCUUUAUGAAGAAGAGGAAUACCAGCCUGUUGAAGAGCAAAGGUCAGAGCUGGAGGCAGAAGUUACUUGGGAAGACCAGCAAAGAAAGGUGAAUGGUUCAAUAACUGAUGACAAACAUUUGCCACGAAAGAAACAGCAUUCUGAGCCAGAUGUGGACUCAACACGGAGACAAAACUCAGAGGAAAAGGCUGCAGAACCAGAAAAUGGGAACCCAGGUGCUAUGGACGUAGAAGAAAGGACGCGACAGCUGAAAAUGAAGAUCAACAAAUACAAGCAGGUGGCGGGAUCAGAUUCUAGGCUAGAGAAAGAUUGUCAUUCAAAGUAUCGGACAGGGCGGGAUCCGCAGAGGGGUUCAGACAAUAUGUCCAACAAAUCAUCAGACAGUGAUGUUAGUGAUGUGUCCGCUGUAUCUCGGACCAGCAGCGCCUCUCGUUUUAGUAGUACGAGUUAUAUGUCUGUGCAGUCGGAAAGGCCUCGAGGGAACAUGAAAAUAGGUAGAAGGGCAAGGGCAGUAGAGGAGAAAAUAGAGAGGACCGAGGGAGGGCAGCAUCACAAAGAAAUGGUUUUUCUGGAGGAAGAGGAGGAUGUUAGGCAGGAAGUAGACAGUGAAAAGGAAACAGAAGUGCAGCAUAUAAAUGACAACUGUAUGAAGGGGCCAAGCAAAGAAAGUGUUGAGGAAGAGACUCGGCAGAAUGAGAGAGAUGAGGAAAGCCAAGAUGCCGAGGAAGCCCACAAUGAGGAUCUGCCAAGGCGGUCCUCAGAAAAUGACAUAAGUGCAUUGGCAUCCAAAAUGCAAAGCAGACAAAUGGGCGCCUCAGGGAAGAACAUGACCAAAAGUACCAGCAUUGGAGGGGAUAUGUACGCCCUGGAGAAGAACGAUGGAAGCCAGUCCGACACGGCCGUGGGCACCGUGGGUGCGGGUGGAAAGAAGAGGCGUUCGAGCAUCGGCGCCAAAAUGGUGGCCAUCGUGGGCUUGUCGCGAAAAAGCCGAAGUACCUCACAGCUCAGCCAAACAGAGGUCGGAGGGAAGAAGCUGAAAAGCACCAUCCAGAGAAGCACGGAAACGGGCCUGGCGGUGGAAAUGAGAAACUGGAUGAGCCGACAAGCCAGCAGGGAGUCUACAGACGGGAGUAUGAACAGCUACAGCUCAGAGGGGAAUCUGAUAUUUCCUGGGGUCCGGCUGGGUUCCGACAGCCAGUUCAGUGACUUUUUGGAUGGUCUCGGUCCUGCCCAGCUGGUUGGUCGCCAGACUUUGGCCACACCUUCUAUGGGAGAUAUUCAGGUGGGGAUGGCUGACAAAAAAGGACAGUUGGAGGUGGAGGUUAUUCGAGCCCGUGGUCUUGUGGUUAAACCAGGCUCAAAGACACUGCCAGCACCGUAUGUAAAGGUGUAUCUCUUAGAAAAUGGAGUGUGCAUAGCCAAAAAGAAAACAAAAGUAGCAAGAAAAACGCUGGAGCCUCUAUACCAGCAAGUGUUAGCUUUUGAGGAAUCACCACAAGGGAAAGUCCUGCAGAUAAUCGUUUGGGGUGACUAUGGACGCAUGGACCACAAGUCCUUCAUGGGGGUGGCUCAGAUACUUUUAGAUGAACUGGACCUAUCCAGCAUGGUGAUCGGAUGGUUUAAACUUUUCCCCCCUUCGUCUCUAGUAGACCCAACAUUGGCUCCACUCACUAGGAGAGCUUCUCAAUCAUCUCUUGAAAGCUCCACGGGACCUUCUUAUGCUCGUUCAUAGCAUCUGUGAAAACAAAACUGUGCAACCAGCUUUUCAAAAAAAAAAAAUUUAAAAAUCUCAACAAAACGACAGGUCGCAAACCCUGGUAAACACUGCAUGCUUAAUGUUGUGUCUUCUGAGCCUGUUUCUAGGGAUUCCAAGCGAUCCUGUGUUCUCAGAGGAAGUUGCACACAUUGUGCACUAAAGAAGGCUCUCAGGUGAAGGAGUGGAGUUACUCAAGACCAACAGGUUUGGAGACCGGGGAAGUUCAGUUCUAGCUGAACCUGAAGCCAUGGCUUACUGAUACUAUUAAAAAAGAAAUCAAUCUUUCCUGCAACAAAAGUCAUAAUCGAUGACGUCCUAUUGUUGCUAAUUUUUUUUUAGAAAAUUUUAUUUAAAUUUUGUAUUUGACCCCAAAGACCGGGUAAGCCGAAGAAUGAGAUCUUUAAGCAAGCAGACAACAGGAGAAAGAGAUGGCCCAGUGUUAUUAAGGACAGUCGCUAAAAGAUAUUAACACAGCCCAUUUGGAAAAGUUAGUGUUUCCGAAAAAGCCCAUUGAGGAAGAUCUCUCCAGGGAAGAUAUUUUUUUUCUGUGGUUAUUCUGUACUGUAUGAAACUAAAAGAAUUUUUUUUUUUUUUUUUUGCAUGGACAUGGAUCUAAGUGAACACUAAAAAAAAAAGAAAUAUUUUAUUUGGGCUGCAACUUGCAAAAAACAGACAAAAAUAAACGACGAAAUAACAAAAAAGAAUCAGCCAUUUUCAACAAUUUAUAUUAUUUUUAAGGGGAAAAAAAUUUCACUAGUGCAUGUUUUAAAAAGGAGAGAAUGCAACAGCGUGAUACAAUGACAAAAAAAAAAACGUUUAUCAUUCUUAAAAAAAACAAAACAAACAAUCACGGUCUGUGUUUUUGGCAGACAUUGAAAAAGAAAUAAUUUAUAGCAAAUAUUUAAAAUUCUGUUUAUGUGACAAGAAAUAAAUGUAACAUAUACGAUUUAUUUAAAUGUAAAAGGUACAAGCCUUGUAAAGUUGAACAUUUUUGUGCAGAAUUGUCUCUUUCUAUCAUCUCUUCUCUCACCCGUACCCAUUUUUGCAUUUUGUCUUUCCACGUUCCCAUCUGAUCACUGAUUCUGAUGCUUUUUUGAUCAAGGAUGGCAGAAUUUCCCCCCCCCUCCCGCAUACUUGUAUUGUCUGAUUUUUUUAAAAAAAAUUACUGUUUUGAUCCCUCCCCCGAGAGGCGGAGAAGAUAUCACUGCAUUACGGCCUUUUCUGAUCCUCGCGGGAUAGCAUAUUUACUUUCAUUCGAGCAUGUUGAAAAAAAAGAAAAGAAAAAAAAAUUUUGCAACAUGGCUUGAGAAUACCUACGGUAAUUCAGCAUGUAUUUGUUAUAGAAGAUAUUUGAACUUUUUUGCAAUAUCUUGUACAGUGCAUGGUAACUAUUUUUUCACCAUCAGAUCGAGUCCUUCAAAAAAAAAAAAAUUACGGAAUUAAUGCGGCCAUUGUAAAAUCUUUUUACAAAUUUAUUUCUUUCCAGCACCCACCUCUAUGAAUUUAAGGUGGAACCAAAAAAACAAAUUCAUUUUAAUUUUCUUUUUUUAAGGGAGGAAUCCCAUUUUUGCACAUUUUUUGAGUUCUGAGUAAUACCAAGUUGUUGUUGUUUUUUUUUUUUUUUGUUCUUUAAAAGAUACACCAAGUGCUUGUAAGGCCAGUCUUUCAGAAGCACCAACAGAACUGUUUCUGAAUGUGUUUGCUCUAACGUUCAAUUCAGCAAGUCACACACGUUCCACAGAUGUGUAGCAGUCGUCCGCGAUGCUCUGUCGGCCCAUGUUGGUGACCCCCGUGACUUGGAAGCACACGUUGAACUCUCAUGCACAUCUGCCUCUAUAAUGUCUCAGUUCUACUUAAGCAAAAACAAAGUAUAUUUUUUUUAGGGGAGGGGGGUGUUUUUACUCUGAAAUGAAGUCUGUUAGGAAAAAAAAACAAAAACAAAAAAAGUCCAAAUUUAGCUGUUGAGUUUCGAACCUCUAAGUAAUUUGUCUUUCAUCUAGCUAAUGAAACGCUAAAGACGUGUGGGCGUCGUUAUUUUGUGGGCGUAUACAUUGUAAAUACGCAGACAUCUAAAGCCCAAAAAUGUUACAAAAAAAAUCUGUGCACAUAUAUGUCAAGGUACUUUUUUUUGAUACAUACAUGUAUGUAUAUGUUUGUGUUUAUUUGUAUAUGCAAGCAGAUGAGUGCACACACACACAAACAUAUCCACUGAUAAUUAGCAGAUACAGUAAUCCCCGUCCCCCCUCAAUUCGGCCAUGAAAAUAAACCUUCCUCUAAAACCAAGGUUGACGAUAUGCAAAACUUUGAUGCCUUUUUUUUUUUUUCCGUUUCUGUAGUGUAACCUCACACCAAGCAAAGACUGGCUUUCAAUACAGUUGUUCGAUGAAUUUUGUUGGUUACAAAGUCACUGUUUUUAGAUGGUUUUAAACCAGCAAAAAAAAUAAUAAUAAUAAAAAAAAAAAAUCGUACCAUCUACAGUAUCCUCAUGUCAUAACUAUGAAUAAAACAACAUUUCUGGUAUUGAAAAUGCAGUGUAAUAUGUUAUUUUCUGGAAAAAUUCCCAAGAUGCAUUUUUCUUUCUAAUUUUUAUAGGGAAAAAAAGACCAUAUAUAUAUAAAAAAAAAAAGAUUUGUACAUACGUAUCAUUAUGCAGUAUUUAUUUUGAAAGAAAAAAAGUUGAUGUAUUUUUUUUUUUUUUUUAAUUUCACAUAAUGUCUGCGGCACUGUUAAUGAUGUAGUCUUGUAAAUAACAUUAUCCCGGAGGCUACUGCAGUCUUGUACAUAGUACGUUUUAAAAGCAGAGGCAAAGGCAGUUGGUGGAAAUGGCACAUGAUUCCUGCGAUGAGCACCAACUAAUGUAAAGCAUAUUCAUUACGGUGGUGGUAUUUAACACUUUAAAUAAAACAUUUUCUUUA